AUGGUUCAGCCUUCAAAAACAGCGGAUGCCGGUCAGUCAAAAAUUGACUCGAACAAACACACCGACGACAAAGCGAAGCCGAAGAGGCGGAGGGCUUGGGCGCCAAAGGCGCGAACAGGAUGCAUGCCAUGCCGAAUCCGCCAUGUUAAAUGCGAUGAAGCCAAACCAUUCUGCAAACGUUGCCUAUCUACAGGCCGAAUUUGUGAUGGCUUCGGCUAUCACCAGGACUUCCCGUCCUUUACCCCCCUGAUAAACUGGCUGCCAGAUCACUCAACGACAGCACCUGGCAUACAAGCUACCCAAAGAGAGAGAAGCAUGUUCAGUCUACUUUAUACAGACACGAUCCCUCAAGUGUGCGGCACCUUUGGCCACAAGUUUUGGAAAACAGACGUCCUCAGAGCCACACAAGUAUAUCCGGCCAUCUGGCAUGCCUGUCUAGCUGUAGCAGCUAUGCACGAGCGAAUGAAGAUGAUUGAAAGCGAAAACGCAAAAGCAGCAACGCAGAUGCUUUACGACUUUUCUCUCAGGCAGUACAACGCAUCAAUACGGCAUCUUCUUGACAUAGGGCGCGAGAAUGUCCUGACGGGCGAUGAUCAAGAAACGCUUCUGAUGGCUAGUAUCUUAUUUAACGGCCUUUGUUGCCUCCAGGGAGAUGUGCAGCAGGCUAUCAUACAUGCACGCAAUGGACUUCAGCUGUUUUACCUCUGGCGAUACUGGGAACAGACGUAUCAGACGGACACGCGGCGAAGACGAAUGAGUUUGCUAUCUGCCGAGUCUCUGGUUAUGUUGAUUUCGUUUACAGAGUCUCAGUUUAUGAACCGAGUUGCUAAUGUGCCAACAACAUUGUUGCGCCGUCAAAUCAUACCAUAUAAAUGCUCUGACAUGCCGUUUGCAUCUAUCACAAACGCAUAUGUCGAGUUCCAGAAUCUGUAUACGGGUCUCUUAUCAGCUACCAAGUUCUCAGAUUCGCCGUCAUGCAUAACGCUCCCGCUGCCAAGGGCUGAGCAUCGGGUUGCAUAUCGGCGUGAAUUUGAGGUGUGGGCGGCAAAGUUCGAAAACUUCAAGCAACAAUCUGCACUUGUCACGGAGGCAGAUACGGAAGGCCUUCUGCUUCUGGAGACGUUGCUUACCGGUGUGGAAGUAUGUCUGUACGUGGACAUCAACAAUGCGGAGCUAGACUAUGACAAUUACGAAUCUGCGUUCUCUCGCAUUGUCGACCUUGCCGAGCGAGUCCUUAGCAAGCGAUCAUAG